AGAAAAACCCUCGAAUUCGAAAAUUUUGCGGCGAGAUUGAUAAAUGACUAGUUAAGAUUGAACUUUGAUUUCUGGGUUUGCGAUGGAGAGAUCUAGAUCGAAGAGAAACUACCACUAUGACCAAGACUAUGAUGGAGAUUCUAUGCCCAGGUCUAAACCUCGCUACAACAAUAAUUACCACUUUGGUGGCGGCGGUGGAGGAGGAAAUAACCGAUACCGUGGCGGCGGUGGUGGUGGUGGUGGAAAUGGCCGGCCAUCGAAGUCUCACCCUGAAACGAUGGCAACGACGACUUAUCGAAUCCUCUGUCAUGACGCUAAAGCAGGAGGCGUCAUUGGUAAAUCCGGAACAAUCAUCAAAUCGAUUAGGCAGCACACCGGCGCGUGGAUUAACGUGCAUGAGCUAGUUCCUGGAGACGUAGAGCGUAUCAUUGAGAUUUCUGACAAUCGUAGGCGUGACCCUGAUGGGAGAAUGCCGUCUUUCUCUCCUGCUCAAGAGGCUUUGUUUAAUGUUCAUGACAGGAUUUUGGAGAGUGAACCUCAGUUUGGGUAUGGUGGAGCUCAGCCGGAAGAGGAGGAGGAUUACGGUGGAGUUAGACCUGGUGGAGGGAGAGUUGUGACGAGAUUAGUGGUUUCUAGGAUGCAUGUUGGUUGUUUGUUGGGUAAAGGUGGGAAGAUUAUUGAGCAGAUGAGGAUUGAAACUAAGACUCAUAUUCGGAUUUUGCCGAGAGAAAGUAAUUUACCUCGUUGUGUUUCACUCUCUGAAGAGAUUGUUCAGAUUGUAGGUGAACUUAGUGCAGUGAAAAACGCUUUACUCAUUGUAUCAUCGCGUCUAAGGGAGAGUCAACAUCGUGAUCGGAGUAAUUUCCAAGGGCGUUCACAUUCACCAGAGCGGCAGUUUGCAGCUGCUGGGGAUGAUUACAUCCCACAGAGAAGACAAUCAUCAGAUAGGUUUCCUCGUGGUAAUUAUAGAAAUAACAACUUCAGUUCUCGCCAAUCCAACUAUGCUGAAGAAGCUCCAGCAGUUCCAGUUGGUGAGAAUGUCUACACCGAAGAGCUUGUGUUCCAGAUUCUCUGCCCAGCUGACAAGAUUGUUCGGGUUGUUGGGGAAUCGCAAGGCAUAUUAGAUUUGCUUCAAAAUGAGAUUGGCGUGGACGUGAGAGUAUCUGACCCAGUUACUGGAUCUGAUGAACAGAUAAUCACCAUUUCAUCGGAAGAGGCUCCUGAUGAUCCAUUUUUCCCUGCUCAAGAAGCCUUGUUGCACAUUCAAACUCAGAUCAUAGAUCUUCUUCCGGAUAAAGAUAAUUUAAUAACAACGAGAUUACUUGUCUCAUCUAGAGACUCCGUAUGUUUGGAAGGGAAAGCAGGAUCAGUAUCUGAGAUAUCACGAUUAACUGGAACAAGCGUACAAAUUCUAGCUAGGGAAGAAAUUCCCCGAUGUGCUUCUAUCAAUGAUGUUGUUAUACAGAUUACUGGCGAUAUCAGAGCAGCUCGGGAUGCACUUGUUGAAUUAACGUUACUAUUGAGGAGUCAUAUGUUCAAGGAGCUCUCUCAAAAGGAGACACCACCAGCUUCCACAUCCACAACUGGCCCUCUUGAAGGUGUUGCAGGAGUAAUGGAGGUAGCUUCAUCAAAUAACACAAUUCCAUCCCGUGAAGGUCUUACUGGUUCGAAUCUGAACUUGCAGCAAGCUAGCACAAUCUUGCCACAGUUUAAGGAAGGCUUUGGAUCAGUUGCAAAGGCGGGUGAAAGUGAACACCGGGAGGAGGUUCCUGUCACGACAAGCAGAAUGGCAGUGCCACUUGUUACUAGAAGCACUCUUGAAGUUGUCUUACCAGAGGCAGUUGUUCCUAAGCUUGUUACGAAAUCAAGAAACAAGCUUGCACAAAUCAGUGAGUGGUCUGGAGCUAGUGUAACCUUAGUUGAAGACCGACCAGAAGAAACACAGAAUAUCAUUCGAAUAUCGGGUACACCAGAGCAAGCAGAGAGAGCACAGAGCUUGCUUCAAGGCUUCAUAUUGAGCAUACAAGAAGAUGGACCGUGAACUUGGACCAGAUCACCGGUCAACACAGAGUAGAAGAUCAAGAAACUGAGAAAUGUGGAGUUAUGUAUGAAUUGUUGAAUAUUAGGAUUUAAGUGGGCAGUGUGAGCAGUAGUAGUUUUAGAUGAACAUUCUACAUUUUGACCAUCACUCUUUGGUUUCUACUUUCUAUGUUGUCUAUUAGUCUUCUUUGUUUACAUUGUUCUGUAACUUAUAAAAGUUUAAUCCGAAA